ACUGCUCCUUAUUUUAUUAUCAAAGCACAAGAUUUAGCCCUCAAGGACGUCGAACCAGGUUGCCGAACACUUGCAGCCGUGCUGAAAACCGUUUUAACAAAAAAGGAAGCAGCAAGGGUAGAGAAAAAGGCGCGAGAUAUCAAAGGUUUUGAAGCAGUAAUUUCUGUCAUAAAGCCGGCACUCCGUUCUCAGAAACUGGCCCGCAAUGAACUCCUGGUAAGGAGAUCAAUCGCCAAUGCUCAGAAGAUCUUGUUGGAAAGACACGAGGGAAACAGCUUCAGAUCCUAUGCAAGCCUUAGAGAGCGUGCUACUCUACGCAAAGCCAGUGGUAUUCUCGAAUUCUCACCAAGAAAGGAUUGGAAGGCUGCACAUGCAGUGAUGUCUCUAUGUGGAAUGUUGUAUCGAGAGAGCUUGAAUUGGAUCGAUGCUGCUGUACUCACCGCAGAAGAACUUAUAGAGUAUCGCAAAAGACCAGAACGAUCAGUCGAAGCUAUCAAGGACGUGAAACGCUGCGCUAGAGUAGACCCCGAAUAUGCAGAGCAAGGCGAAACUCAACGCUGGAGAACAGAACAUUUGUUCGAUGCCAAUAUUAAGAACGAAAGACAAUGGAAGGCGGUGAGUCAGCAAGUAUACCGGGAGCUGUUGGACGAUUCUGACCCCGGAUAUGAUAUCUCAGGUGAGCAACUUGGCCACUAUGAUGGCUGUAUUGAUUGUUAUGAUUGUGAAGACGAAGACGAGGUUGAAGAUUACAUCGAGGAUGAAGAAAUGCCUGAUCAAAACUAA